AUGCGCCCAUUUCCAUCUCGAGUACUAAAUCCAGCACGGGAAUAUUUCAACGAAAGAUUAUCAAGAGCACGCAAGUGCAUUGAAUGUACUUUUGGAAUUCUACGCGCAAAAUGGAGAUUACUAGGGAAGGACAUAGAAGUGAGCCCAAAAAAAGCAGUAGUAAUUAUUAAAUGCAUGUGUUUAUUGCAUAACAUUAUCAGAGAGAAAGACGGCAAUAGUGAUGUCGAUUACUGCAAUGUUAUGAUAGACCAACGAAACAAUUGGGAAAAUGAAGGUAUGGAUCAUCCAGCACGAGGUGCAAAUUCACUUCAAAGAGCGAAAGAAAUAAGAAAUGUAUAUGUAGAUUAUUUUUUAAAUAACCCAUAA